AUGACUCUGACUUGCAUGCAGACAAUUAAGCUAUUGUUAUCAUACAAAACUGGUACUGUGCCAGAAAACUCGACCUUGUAUAGUCCAUCUUUAUCACUUGAGGCAGACAUAGCCGCAGAGGUUGGGAUCACUUCAACUAUGGCCUACCAACUACAAGCUCUUGGGUCAUUCCGACCAUCCAAAUCGAUACCACGACCUGCGUCAUGUCUGAUCACUUUUAAAGAUUUGAUGCUUAUUAUCGAUACCAACCCAGGCGGAUUGAUGGCAGGCAGUUGGGAUGUCGAUCAAGUCGGCAGUCAGGACAAGUAUUGCCAGGAUGUCACUGGCUCCUCUGAAGCUCGAGGUUACGUCCUGUCGCAGGGUUCGGCAUUUGGAGACUCUGCUGUUUGGCAAAUGGAUUCUGAAUGGCGUCUACAUAUUUUGGUGAUAUAG